AUGUCAGUCAUAGACAAGGCUUCAGAUGUAGGAGUAUCAUUCACUGAGGUAGCCAAAAGCCCGACAAUACUAUUGGUAUUUGAUGUUGUCGAGUACAUAGCUCUGUCUAAUGGAUUACUUAUUGACUCGCCAUUCACCGACAAAGCAGCUAUUCCCGUAAAGUCGUCGCGCGAUGUUUUCUGGCAGACUUUAAUCAUCACGUUAGCUAAAUCCGAGCUUGAUUCACCAU